AUGCAGCGAUCUUUAGAACAAGCUUUGGAUCGUGCAGAGGAUGUCAUUGAAAGUGCCCAACAGAGACCCCCUAAGAGAAAAUACUCAUCUAGUGGGGAGAAAUCUCUACAUCAAAAACUUUAUGACAUUUAUGUAGAAGAAUGUGAAAAAGAGCCCGAGGGGACGGAGGAACUCAGGAGCAAUGUCAACUUGCUGGAAAAGCUGGUUAGGAGAGAGUCCUUGCCAUGCUUAGUAGUCAACUUGUACCCGGGAAAUAAGGGCUAUUCUCUGAUGCUGGAGGACAAAAGUGAGUUCUUUUCAGAGACCAUCCAGCUGCCUUAUGGAGAAGGGGAACUGCUUGAGUACUUGGAUGCAGAAGAAUUACCACCUAUUCUGCUGGAUGUCCUAGAAAAAUCGCAGCUGAACAUUUUUCAUUGUGGGUGUGUCAUAGCAGAAAUCCGUGACUACAGACAGUGCAGUGACAUGGAACCUUCCACUUACCAAAGCCGGCAUAUUCUCUUGCGCCCCACCAUGCAGACUUUAGCAUGUGAUAUAGAGUCCAUGACGAGUGAUGACCUCCAAUGGACUCAGGAAGACAAACUUGCCCUUGAGAGUGAACUGCUCUUAGCUACAGCUGAACCAUUGUGUCUUGAUCCCUCUGUGGCUGUCACCUGCACUGCUAACAGGCUACUGUAUAACAAGCAGAAGAUGAAUACUAACCCAAUGAAACGGUGCCUGAAGAGGUAUUCAUGGUCCUCUCUGAAUCGGCAGCAAGAGCUGUCACAACAUCAGUCUCCCCCUGAUGCAAGACUAUUGACUGCUUGCAAAAAAGAGGAAGAGAGAAAAGCAGAUCUGAAGCAAGACCUAAGGAUGCCUCCAGUUGGAUAUUGUGUGGACAUGUGGAAAGAGAGAUGCUCUGACUUGGCCAUACCUCCUCAAGUGGAUGUGGAGAAAUAUGCUAAAGUGAAGGAGUCUUUGGGAUCUGAUGACCCACAAGCAACAGUCUGGCCAGAUCCUGAGCUAGGAGAUGACUUUGGAUUUGAGUGUGACAGUGGCAAUCAGCUGUGGGAAACGAAGCUGAGCUUCAUGCAGUCACUCAAUGAUCCGCUUUUCUCUGGCAAAACUGCAUCACCUAAACAGGGCCCAUGUGAGAUCCAGAUGUAUCCCCCCCUGGUCUCCCCAGCUGACCAUUCACAUGGCUUCGUGGAAGGGUCAAAGAUUGAUGCAGGGCCAGUGAAUGUGUGCCAGGAGUCAGUCCAGAGCAAAGUCGAAUGUGCAGGCAAGAUGCCCCACGGCUCCAGUGGCUCAGCCCUUCUCAGGCAACCCUCUCCAGGGAAAAAGCCAAAGCAGCCUACCACCAGAUGGGUGCAGUCCUCAGUACGAGGCAAGGCAUCGAAACCUCGAGCUCUGGCUGUGACUCUUCCCUCCAGCGCAGGACAGACAUUGUCAGGGAACAUGUCCAACAAGUAUAAGACUGGAUCAGGUGGUUCAUAGAAAUGCUUUGAAGCCACCAGGCCUUUCUGCUGUAAUAGGAGCCCGGGCUGUGUUUUCUACUGUCCUCAACCACAUCCAUGAAGAACAAAUAACAAGUCAGACCCAAUGAAGUCCUUUGGACACUGAGGCUCCCACCCUGCUGUUAACCUAGGUACAACUUCCAGGAAGGGAGUGUACCAAAGAAGCCUGUAUUGGCAGCAUGGGCACAGCCUCUGUAUCAGGGUAAGAACAAUGAACAUACACGAAAGAGAAGAUGGUUGGUAGAAAAUCAGCUUUAAAGAAUUUUGAACAUAAAUGUAAAUCAUCAAAACUACCCAAGAAGAAAAAGACUAAAGCAAAUGUAUGAAAUAUGAUAUGUCAAGAGCUUUGCAUUGUUUUGAACAACUAACAAUAAAAAGAAAAAGAAAAAGACUAAAGCAAACUAAAACCCAUACCUAGGCCUGUUCCUGCCAUCUGUAGCAGAUGCUUUGGUGCCCCACUCACAGCCCUCAGCAGGUACCAUUUUCGUGUGUACUUACCCACCCUCCAACAGUCAGCAACUACUACUCUUUGCCUUGAGACUGUCUGUGGACACCAGAGUAGCCCUCAAGCAGUGCACUUGCUUCUCACAUGGGGCUCUAUCUUGUCACCUGGAGUUUCCCAACACCAUUAAGCUGCGCUUGACCAGGAUGCUAACAUGUCUGACAACACAUCCUUAAGUGGCUUCCUUCUAUUAUCUUCUUUGUCUCACUUUUCCACUGUUCCUAUGAUGUUUCCUGGAAUCUCCCAAAUAAACUAUUUGUACUGGAAUCCUUACAUCAGCUCUUAUUUUUUGUGUAACCCAAACCAUCU